AAAGCUUUUAAAACAGACUUACAUAAAUCACAUGUAACAUUAGUAUUAUAUAAGUUGGCAAGAAUGAACCCAAUUUGAUUCUUCGUUUUUUAAGAAAGCAUCACUUUAGUAGAAAAAUAUUUUGUUGCUCUCCGAGCCUCAGCAUUAAAAUUUGGUGAAAUCUCAGGCUGGGCGUUCAUAUACAAAAGGUUCUUAUAAAAUAGGGUGUAUAUCAUCCCAUUGUAAGAACUAAAUCGAAAACAACACGACAGAUUUUUCGCCAGAGGCGGGAUUAUGCCACCGAUCCAUAAGCCCGCUCAUCUGCGAUAAGUAUUACAUACACUAACCCAAUACAUCCUACCAAACGUAUUAACAUUACGUAUUAUUAAAUCCUGCGAAUUUCAUUUGCAAGACCAAAGGCAAAAGAGCAAUUCAAGCCAUUCUGAGAAAUACUUAUUGCUUUGAUGAGAUAGCAUAUGGCAGAUUGCACUUAGUUCUUACGUCCCACUUGAAAAGCUACUAUUAGUGUCAAAAAGUAAUAUUGCUAAUCAAGUGGAUAUCACCCAUAUAAUGCCAAAUUCAGUUGAUUUAUUUUUCGAUGAAUUACUGUUGACUGCCUUACAUCCUUUAUUUAUGGUGCAGUUUUUUUGUUUUCUUAUUAGUUCAAUUAGUCUCUUUAGGAAUUAGUGAGAGCGAAUAGAAACAGCGUUCGGGGUCGCAUAGAUGAAUGAGUGAAAUGGCUUGUAAUUGAGGCCUUUACCAAGUCGUUCCAGCUUUGCCAAGGGGUCAGUGCUUCUAAAAAAUCUGCCAAACUUAAUACGCACUUCAGUUCAUCAUAGAAAGACGUGUUUGUUGAGGAAGCGCAGCUUCAGAGAUGCAAACAAGUUGCGGUCUUGUCCUUUCGUUGCAGGAUAUAUAAGAGACAUUCCUACUCCGAUUUGAGGUUUAUCUUUGCGCCUUAAGCUUCGCCUAAGCCUCGUGAAUGUCUUAGAUUACAAGUACCUGUUCCGUUGACUCACACGAAAGCUGUACUCCCGAGUAAAGAGACGCCAAUCGAAAACAGCACUGUACGCUAUUUCCCUUGUAAUGCUUGGACUCCUCUUUUGGUUAGCGGAUAAUGCACAAUGAAUUCGACGUUUGUUCCAUCAAGCGACACGCUUGUAGCCCAAGUUGCAGAGCCACGAGAAUCAAGAGCUAUAAGACUGAUCCUUUACGCCGUUGUAUUUAUACUAACGGUAGGAGGGAAUAUUAUGGUAUGUAUCGUAGUUUUAAAAAACAAAAAACUUCGCAGUUUUCAGAGGUUUUAUAAUGGAUACUACUUGAUGAGUUUAGCCUGUGCGGAUUUGUGCGUCGCUUUACUUUGCAUUCCUUUCACGAUAGUCUACUACGAGACUGGUGUCUGGCCAUUCGGGGCGGCGAUCUGCAAAAUGGUGCCUACAUUACAAGUAACAAGCGUCAGUGCGUCAAUUUUUACUCUAACUGUCAUGACAUAUGAGCGCUAUCAGGCGAUAGUUCGCCCUAUGAAGGCACAGAUUACGCGGCGUAAAGUGUUUAUUAUGCUAGUCUCUGCGUGGCUUGCGGCUUUCGUGACGGGAUCACCGGAGAUUUUCGCGUUCCAACUGGCGCAGAACACGACGGAGCAUCUCCCGUGUAACGAGUACUGGCCACAACCAAUACACCGCCAGAUCUAUACUAUGGUUCUAUUCUCCUGCACGUACCUUGUCCCGCUUCUUAUCAUCUUUCCCGCCUAUGUAAAGAUGAUAAUCACCCUGAAGCGUUCACACUCGUUUAAUAACAGCGAUCGCAAAGCCCGCUGGCGAAGUCUGCGUGUGCUAAUGGCAGUGGUUAUGAUAUUCGCCAUCAGCUAUCUACCUCAGCAUAGUAUGUUUAUCGCGUUAGAUUUCGGUCACGCAAAGUCAUUUCGUUACUUCGAGAUCACGCUUAAAUAUAUGUAUCUGCUAAUAUGGGUGGCAAGCUGCUCCAAUCCUAUCAUUUAUGGCGCGCUGGAUGAGUAUUUCAGACAAGGAUAUCGGAGGAUUUUACGCAGGUGUAUUGCAUUUCGAAGCAGAGGAAGAAACGCUGCAAGGCAGAUGUCCAACUCUUCCGCUGUUACGUUCAUUAAGCGGAAUUCAUCUCGUAAACGAGAUACGAGUUUGGCAGAUACUCCAGCUUCCCCCACUGAAAACAUGCUACAACCCUCCCCGCCCUCGAACCACGUGACUCCAGGAAGCGCAACAACGAGAUCGCUGCUCAAUUCUGUACAGACUUCGGACUCCGAUAUAAACAACUCGAUCUGACCGUCAUAUUUAUGAUUUCAAUCGACAAACCUGCUUUUCGGAAACUUUAUUUGCUUAGCGAGCGUUUCUGUAGAGUUUAAGCGGAAAUGGGGAACGAGGAGAGUAUGACUGAGCGGAGAAUGGGGAUGAAGUAUUUGGAGAGCGAAAAGGCGAAGGUUUCCUUCCCCCUUUGCCAAUCAUUUGGCGAUCAUAACCUUCCCUAGCUCUCCAUUACACACUAAAACCCUACAGUAACGCUCGCUACGCAGGAUGCAUAUUAGCAGGAUUAAGACCGGUUUAAAGCACUACAUCCUUACUGCUUAGAGAAGUUGCUGUCAUUUUCUUGAUUGAGUAACAUUAUUGUUCUAUAUUUCGCUGAGGAGAGUGUUAAAAGCUAACUCUAACUACCACAAAUUAAAAGCAUUAUCAUAG